CACUGUUUUGCGAUGUCGUAUGCGGUUUUAUGCUGUGCGUGAAGUUUAUAAUUCGCCGUAAAGUGGAAUUCACUGGCAGCUUUGCUUUUAUUCUUCCUUAGAUUUACUUCGUAGAUACAGCUAGUGUCUCACAGACAGCCAUAGUGCAACCUCGACGAAUCGCCGAAACACUCGAAGCUCGAAUUCUCGCGAGGAUGCGACAGCAGAGCGUGUCGUUGCAGCUGCGCUCGCGGCAGCAGCGCGGCAGCGGCGUCGCCGGCAUCACCCACGCGCUCGUUGACGAUUUCCGCUGCAUCGUCGAAGACGUCCACCGCAUCCUCGGCGACGAGUCGUUCGUUCCACCGUUCGCCUGUGAGUUCUCGAGCGCCGAUCCCUCGAUCCUCGCCGUCGCCGACGAAGACGGCGCUGUGCGGCUGUACGACACAGCGCGGCGAGGCGCGCGCGCCGCCGUCAACGACUGGUCGGCGCACUCGAACGCCGUCUUCGAUCUCGCCUGGAUGCCCGGCGAGCGGAAGCUGCUGUCUGCAUCCGGCGACCAGACGGCCGUGCUGUGGGACGUGGCGAGCGAGAGCCGGGUCACCGUGCUGCGGGGUCACGCCAGCAGCGUGAAGUCGGUGGCCUUCGCGCGCGACGACGGGAACGUGGUCGCGACGGGCUCGCGCGACGGCAGCGUGAUGCUGUGGGACCUGCGGACCAACGCGAGCGGCGCGCACCACCGCGCCGUCACGACGAUCCCCGGCGCGCACGCGUGCAGGGACGCCGCCGCUCCCCCCGCCGUCGCCAAGCCGCGGCGGAGAGGCGCGGCGGACGCGUCAAACGCACCGAGCGUCACGUGCGUCGUCUUCCAGGACGACCGCACGCUCGUCAGCGCGGGGGCCGUCGACGGCGUCGUCAAAGCGUGGGACCUGCGGCGGAGCGGCGGCACGCGGGGGCUGUCGCCACGGCUCUCGCUGCCCUACGCCGGCGAGGCGGCGCGCACGCGCGGAUUCUCGAACCUCACGUUCGACUCGACGCGCACGCGACUGUUCGCCAGCUGCAUGGACAGCACGGUGUACGAGUACGACCUCGCGGGCGCCGCCGGUGGCGCACCUGUCGCGAGGUUCGCUCGCCACCUCAACUCGUCGUUCUACGUGAAGGCGGCGCUGAGUCCGGACGACUCGCUGCUGCUGACGGGGUCGAGCGACGAUGACGCGUACGUGUACCGCGUCGCGCGGCCCCGCGAGCCGCCCUGCCGGCUGCGCGGACACGCCGGUGAGGUGACGAGCGUCGCCUGGUGUCCGACGGACUUCGCGAAGGUGGUGACGUGCGGCGACGACAAUGCGAUGAUGCUGUGGAGGCUGCGGCGGCCGCGGGAUGGCGACGAUGACGAGGACGAGAUCGUGGGACGCGCGGAACGGAUGCCAGAGACGCCCGACGCGGCAACGGAACACGCUCCCGACGUGCCGAGGCAGGCCGCACGGUUGCCGACGGUUACAGCGGAGACCUCCCCGCCGCGGGAUAGCUCCAGUCGCGCUGCGUUUCCGGCGAGCUUUGGGAAGCAGCUGCUUCUCACCUCCCUCGUCGCACCACAGCGUCGCGCAUCCACACAGGGAGGCGGCGGCGGUACGAAGAGGAAGCUGUCGCUAGCCAACGCCGAGAAUCGACCCCUGAAAGUGAGGAGGUCGUCUGCCGAUACGUCGCCACAGGCAACGGAGCGCGAAGCGGAGACGCCGCCGAGAAGUCUGGUGAAGAACAACGGAUCGAACAGUCUAUUGAACAAUGAUAGACUGAACAAUCUGCCAAACAACAAUGGAUUGAACAUUCAAUUGAAGAACAAUAGACUGAAUAGUUCACUGAAGAACAAUGGUCUAAUCAUUCCACUGAAGAACAAUGGACAGCACAGUCCAUCGAAAAACAAUGGAGUGAACAGUUUCUCGAAAAACAAUGGCAUGAACAGUCCAUCGAAAAACAAUGGACUGAACAGUCGACUAAAGAACAAUGGUUUAAAUAUUCCACUGAAGAACAAUGGCGUGAACAGUCCGCUGAAAGAAAACGGAACGAACAGUCCGCACGAUACUUUGACCACCCCCGCGAACCCCCGCGCGACGGCGUUGAGAGUUUUGGAAUUCGCCGACGGAGCCGCGCUCCAGUCGCCGACGGCCAAUCUUCCCAACCUGGUGGUGGACGGCCAGCCGCCGGUCAAGCUCUGCCGUGCUGUGCAGGCCGUCCCACGGAAGCCCGCCGCCAACAACUGGUUGACGCGGCUCGGCGGUCGGGCCGAGGCGGCCGGACGCGGCGGCGUGGCGAUGAGACGGAAGAGAGUAGCCGGUGCGGCGCGCGGGGCCGUCGCGAGAUCUUCGGGCGAUCCCGGCGGCGGAGUGGCGCCCCCUGGGGACCGGGAGGUUGUCAGUGGGUCGCCGUCGUCGAGGGGUGGGUCUGGUCGCUCUCUGCUGUCGUAUUUCUCGAAGACUUCAAAGUGACGUGUUUUCGUCGACGUAGAGAGCUGUGGAGGUAGCAGCUUGCAGUAUGAUGAACAGUAACAUCGCUGGAACGAAUUCUCAGGGGCGUGUACAGGGGGAGGGGGGUCCAGGGGGUCCGGACCUCCCCCCCCUGCUCGCACAGAAAACGCAU